UUUUCAAAAAAAAAAAAUUUCAUUAAAUACUUUAUCGUGGUUCCCGAUAGGUGGCAGCUGCAAAUUGAAUGAAACACGUGUGUUUGGGGUAGAGCUGAAGUUUUCACUUGUUGACUAAAGAUUUUUCCUUAUUGAGUAUAACAAAUUAAACAAAUUAAGCUGAAAUACUAAAAUUUGCUUAAAAAAGUGAUGGAACCUAUGAAGGUUUCGGCUCCUGUUCUGACAGCAGCACAGCAAAAAAAAUCUAUUAGUGGUACAUCCAAAGUUCAGAAAAGGAAAGUGUUACUAAACACUUUAGAUUCCCCUUUGGAUCUGGACUGGCCGCGAAUAGGAGCAGAAAAGGAGGAGGAAGUGAAAACACUGCUGACCAAAUACCUUUCCCCAGUUAGAGCAAAUAAUGUUCACACAUGCAAGGCCACAUUUAUUGCCAUGCCUAAAGAAGAAAGAGCUGUCUGGCGAAAGAAAGAAAAAGAAAAAGCCAAGGAAGAUGUUGAGGAGAGUAAAUUAAAAAUGUCUGAUUUGUUGAUUGGGUUUCGAGAUGUAGUAAGGGCUGCAGGGAAAGGACAAACCUGUAUAGUCUUUUGUGAGAAAACGCCAGAUCCACCCUUAUUGACAAGAUUGCUAGCUCCUCUUUGCCGAAACAAUGAUAUCCCUCUCUUUGCCAUUAAGAACUUCAGUGCAGCAGUUAAGAAUCUUCUGAAUAUUCCAAGAUGUUUGACCAUGGCUUUAAAGUUAUCAGCCAGGGAGACAACAAGCCCACUAAAUGACUUUUACGAGAAAAAUAUGCAUAUCUAUCAAAGCUGUGGACUGACAGUUUCACAAAUAAGUUUUGGGGCGUCUGCUGAGUCAAAUGCUGACGUGGUGGUGCAACUAGAAAGAAAUGAGGAAAAUCAUAACCGGAGGGAAAUCUUGCCCGUUACCGGCUCCAGCGAACAGUUUUAUUUAAAAAAGUCUGACCAUGGUUGCCGCUUCAUACCAGGGAUAAACAAAAAUCCUUUGAGAACAAACAACCAGAUGGAUGAUACUUCGUCUAUUGCAGCAGAUUACAUUUCUUUAGGAGUCGAACCUUCUCCUAAAUUGCCCUCCGCCAAACUACUUCGGUACCCUAAGAUCAAACAAAUCCGGCCUAACGAAAAUAAGCAACAUAAAAGGGCCGUGAAAAAUAAGAAUACAGAAUCGGCUCCAAAGAAAAAGAAGACAUGAAACAAUUGACUAUUUUCGAUAAUGAUUCAUCUAAGAUGUCAGAUUCUAUCACUCUCAAAGUCAUAAAAAUCAGAAGAAAAAAUCCA